CUGGAUUCUACUUCCUCUUCGCUAGCGCUGCAGCCGCAGCCGCCGCCGGGCCCCGCGCCGCCUCCGGAGUCCAUGGCCGGGACGCGCUGGGUACUCGGGGCGCUGCUCCGGGGCUGCGGCUGCAACUGCAGCAGCUGCCGGCGCACCGGCGCCGCCUGCCUGCCCUUCUACUCGGCCGCCGGCGCCUUCCCUUCCGGCGUUUCGGGCCGCCGCCGCCUGCUGCUGCUGCUCGGGGCGGCCGCGGCCGCCGCCUCCCAGACGCGGAGCUUCCAGACCGGGCCUGUGCCCCCCGGGAGGCUGGCGGGGCCUCCCCCUGCGGCCACUUCUGCCGCGGCUGCGGCCGCAGCCUCCUACCCUGCCCUGCGAGCCCCUCUGCUGCCGCAGUCGCUGGCGGCGGCCGCCGGCCCGGCGCGGGGCUACAGUCAGGACUCCAAAACUACCUAUCUGGAAGACCUUCCACCACUCCCUGAGUACGAAUUGGCCCCGUCCAAGUUAGGAGAGGAAGUGGAUGAUGUUUAUCUCAUUCGAGCUCAAGGAUUGCCCUGGUCGUGCACUGUAGAAGAUGUGCUUAACUUUUUCUCAGACUGCAGAAUCCGCAAUGGUGAGAAUGGAAUACAUUUCCUCUUAAAUAGAGAUGGGAAACGAAGGGGUGAUGCCUUAAUUGAAAUGGAGUCAGAGCAGGAUGUGCAUAAAGCCUUAGAGAAACACCGCAUGUACAUGGGUCAGCGGUAUGUGGAAGGUAUUUUUGGUGUCCUAGGACUGAAUAUAGUCGACAUUACUUUUGUGAUGGACUACAGAGGGAGAAGAAAAACAGGGGAAGCCUAUGUGCAGUUCGAAGAGCCAGAAAUGGCCAGCCAAGCUCUGUUGAAACACAGGGAAGAAAUUGGGAACCGAUAUAUCGAGAUAUUUCCAAGCAGAAGGAACGAAGUUCGAACACACGUUGGCUCUCAUAAGGGAAAGAAAAUGGCAUCUUCUCCUACUGCUAAGUAUAUAAAUGAGCCCGAAAUGGUCUUUGAAGAACAUGAAGGAAACGAGGAUAUUCGACCCAUGACAGCUUUUGAAAGUGAGAAGGAAUUAGGUAAAGUCUUGCCUCUUCUUGAAGUUCUUUGGGUCUAUCUUGUAUUUUUUGACUUUUGUUAA